AAGGAGGAGGAGGAGGAGGAGGGGCAGAGCCCGACGCCGCCUGCUUUUUACCCACAACAUGUAAACAGUCCCCGCAAAGAGUUCUCCUGGGAGCCGGAGCGGGCGAGCUGGGCGUCAGAGCAAGUCCGCGAGCAGCCCCUGGCCGCGUAGAGCCCCCGGGCGCGAGCGCCGACGUCCUGGGAGAGCGGAGAGCCGAGGAAGCCCGGGCUGAGCGGAGCCGAGUUGAGCGCAGCGCUCGGGGCGGGGAGAGGCCGAGAGCAGCGCCGGGAGGGCCGGAGAGCUAGAGCCAGGAGCCCCGGAGAGAGGAGGAGCGAGCCGGGAGGGCAGUGGAGAGGGCGGCGAGGCGGGGGCCACCGACGGGAUGGAUUUCCAGCAGCUGGCUGACGUUGCGGACAAAUGGUGCUCCAACACGCCCUUCGACCUCAUCGCCACGGAGGAGACGGAGAGGAGGAUGGAUUUCUACGCCGACCCGGGGGUCUCCUUCUAUGUGCUGUGUCCGGACAACGGCUGCGGGGACAAUUUUCACGUCUGGAGUGAGAGUGAAGACUGCCUGCCUUUCCUGCAGCUGGCGCAGGAUUACAUCUCCUCGUGCGGCAAGAAGACCCUCCAUGAAGUGUUGGAAAAAGUCUUCAAGUCUUUCAGACCUUUGCUGGGACUCCCGGAUAUAGACGACGACGCAUUUGAGGAGUACAGCGCGGACGUGGAAGAGGAUGAGCCCGAAGCCGACCACCAACAGAUGGGCGUCAGUCAGCAGUAAACUUUGGAGGGUUGUGAGGAGGACACGUGUUAACUUCUUGGUGCCAGGUGGGGUCUUGGGCUCCUGUGUUUGCAUUUUGCAUUGGCUCAUCACCACAGGAGGUCUGACUCCCAGCAUCCAAAUUAAAAUGAAAUAGCAUUUUAACCACCAUGAAAUAUCUGUGAUCAGCUUUGCUACGGGGUGGCCUGAUCCGCCCCAGCCCCUUCUGCUCCCAGGAGGCAGCCGGGCCUCCUCUUGGUUGCCUUGUGCCAUUUUGAAUCUAGAAUCCGUUUUUGUAGCCGGCUUCAUUUUCUCUUUUGCUCACGGCAGAGGAUUCCCGUCUGCCGACUUGACCGGCCAGUUUGAAGAAUAUAUCAGGUCUGGAUCUGGCCGAGGGAGAGCUGCGUGGGGGGUAGACGUCAUGCACGUUUUUUUUUUUUUUUCAUUGAUUUUAUGAUCUUUUAAUUACUCAUUAGAGAUCUUGCUUCUAAAGCAGGUGUUUUGAUAUCUCGAUGUAGUUUAAAUGCAAAAGAGCAGAUUUUUAAACAUGGGAUGCAAAUUCCUCAGAUCGGUUCAGGAGGAAUAGGAGAUAAAUACAAACCUCUGAUAAAGGUUUUUCUUUUUUAAAAAAAUCUCACUUCAACAUUUAUUAAGCGCCUACUGUAUGUGAGUAUAUUAUCCAAAUAUUUUUAAAUGAUGCUAUCCCUGCCCCCAGGGAGCUCAUUUAUUACAGAAAUAUUAAAUGGCUUUGAAAACUUCCCAAGUCUAAAUGACAAUAUGUCAAGGAUCAUGUCACCAUCUAGAAGAUGAGUCUCAGAGAGUUGUUUGCAAUGACCAGAGCAGGGUCACACAGAGAGUAACUAUUAGAGGCCAGAUCUGAAUCUGGGUCUCUUUGAUUCAAGGGUCAUAUUUCUAAAAAGAACCUCAGUCUGACUGCCUUAUUUUACAAAUGAGGAAAGUGAGGUUGAGAGCAGCAGAGUGACCUGCCCAAGGUCAUACAGGUGGUGAGUAACAGGAUUGGAACACAGGCCCUCUGCCUCCAAACCCCUUGUUCUUCCUACUGCACCGGGCUGCCUCCAGGUCUAGUACUUGGUGAUGUCUUCCACGCUGCCUCUCCAGUCCAAAGCUACUUUGUCACCAUUAAGAGAGAAGAAAAAAAUCAAUGAGCACCAUUGGGUGACUUUGUAAAAGUACAUAAAAUAUCGUGUGAGAGAUGAAACUUCCGACUUCACGCUUUUCUGGUGAGUUGACAACUUGUUAAUAUGUGGAUGUCAUUCAGAAUUCAAGUGCCAUGUCAACCUUGAAGCCAUAAGUACAUUUAUUAGGGAACUCAAUUCAAUUGUGGUCAGAAUGAUAAAAAAACAAACAAAACCGUGUAAUGGAAUCUUUUGCCACUUUCCCUCUCUGCCUUGUAGUCGAAAACAAAUAGGAGGAAAGGAUCCCAUCAUAUAACCUCCUCUGCUUUUAAAGAAUCAAAUACUUCUAAGUGUCUGAUUUUGGCCGAUUUUUUGUGAUUCGAAAAGUCUCGGUCCUUCCACACGAGAUUAUACUCACCAAAAGCUGGUGAUCGAGGCACCGCUUAGGUGACUCUCAGAAGCUCCCACUGCCUCCAUCAUCAUUCACUCUGCAAACCUUUGGGGAGAAGCUUUUGGGCAGCAGGAUCCCUUCAGGGUAUGUUUUCUCAUCCCUUCCCCUCAAUCAUGACUUGGAACGGGGAAUUCUUCUUUAGCCCAGUAUGGGGCUCAGCAGUCAGUUUCAGGGGUGGGAGAGUGCUUGAAUAUGCAUGGGUCAGUGGGUCAGAACCGCCCCACAGUUUGUGUUCUAAAGGCCUCUAAAGUAUGUUUGCUGUAUGGCCAAAAUCUUGAAUUAAAAAAAAAAACAAAACAUAUAUACACGUGUACAUAUACACACGCAUCUAUAUAUGUGAGUGUGUAUAUUUAUAUAUACAUAUAUAUAAGUUUCAAUAUAUAAGCUUAUUGGGUUUUGUGUAAUCUUUUUAGGAUGUGGGCAUAAACCUGAUAGCUCCAACUUUGGGGGGUUGGGAGGGUAGGAAAAUGUAUUGAUAGAAAAAGAUCAUUGGCUAUUCGUCAUAUAACUCUUUCUAAGAGUCACAGUAUGUUAUUUUUUCAAAUCAAAUGCAGUUUUUGUGAUUUCCACCCCUACUUUGGCACCCAAAUUUUUCUUUUCUCUCUAUUAAAAAAUAGAUUAUAGUUCUAAGAAAAGCAAAUUUUUCUUUCUAAUAACUUAUUUAAAGAAACAACUUAAUAUAUUCCACUAACAUCCAGUGGAGUCAUGAUAUAUGCUGCCCUUUACUACUUUCUCCAAAGAUGAGCUGGAGAGCAUGGAUAUAUGGUUAAAAAGCCACACGGUGCUGUAAAUUAUGUCGAUAUGAGUCUUGUCCUGCCAUGAUUCAUUUGCGUACGGUAGGCCAUGAGAAUGAGCUCCUUCCAUGGAGUUUUUGAACCUCACUUACUCAAAACAUGGUAACCUGUCAUUGCUCACACCAUUUCAAGAUAUCUUAACUGGAAUUUUAUCUGUAUGGGAUUAAACUACAAAUUUACACGUGGAUUAAAAUAAAAUGAAUAUUAAUAUAGAAA